AUGCUGGCGGCGGAGCCCCGCCGGACUCGAGGUGGGGGGGGCCCUCGAACCUCUCCUCCCGAAGUGCGCAGCACUAGCAGCAACAGCAGCAACAACGGCAGCAGUGGCAGUAACAUUGGUUUUAACGUCAAUAACACGAGAUUCUUGUUGGAUUAUCUUUAUCCAGAGGAGUGCCCAGCAGCAGCAACGGCAGCCGCAGCUGCAGCAGCGGCUGCUGCAGCAGCAAAUCGGCCGCCCUUUGCCAGGACAGAGCCGUUUCCGUGUGUCUUUAAGACUCGGAGUCUCAAUCAGGCUUCCAUAUGGAACAGCAGCAGCAACAGGAGCCGCAGGACUGGCAAGGCGACAGCAGCAGAAGCAGAAGCAGGGGCCGCAGUAGAUGGAUCUGCAAGUUCGGCCGAUGCAGCUGCAGCAGCUGCUACUGCAGGCAGCAGCAGCAGCAGCAGGAGUAGAUUCCGAGCUGCAACAGCAGCAGCAGCCCGCAGAAGGGAGCAGCAGCAGCUGCUGCUGAAUGGAGGCUGCAGCAGCUGGCUCGACAGCAUGCAUGCGGAGUUUUUCUUUUUGUCCUAUCCCCUUGAUGCGCAGCUUCCCCUUCAUCUGCCUCCAGAUUGUUUGUCGAUUGUUGGCUCCGUGCUGCCUCUGCUGCUGCCUACCGUCAGCUGCCUUUCAGUGGCUGGGAACACAGCAGCAACAGCAGCAGCGGCACCAUCGCUGCGGCGGCGGUGGCGGCAGCAGCAGGACUUGCCAAUUCAUCUGCUGCAGAGCAACACCAGCGCCCCUCCGGGAGCCUCCUUUUUUAGCAGCAGCAGCAGUAGUAGCGACGUUCUGUGGAUGUCAGAGCGCAGCUGGCUGCUGCAGCAGCAGCCGAACAGCAACAGCCACAGAAUUCUUUUGGGGCAGUUGGUGCGGGGGUCGCUACAGCAGCACCAACAGCAGCAACAGCUGCAAGUAAAAGAAUUAUCCCCAGAAGUAGAGGAAAGCAUGAAACUUCUGCUCCUGCUUCCACUCCAUUUGCAACGGCAGGUGCCCCUGCUACUGUUGCAGCUUGCUGCUAGCCUGCGAGCGCUGCAGCAGCAGGCAUCUGCUGUGGAGGCUGAGUUGCUGCUGCGAAAGCAGCAGCAUAUCCAAGCGCAGCAGCAGCCAGGCAGCAGCAGUGGGAGCAGCAGCAGUUGGCUGUGUGCAGCAAUGCUCAUCAAUCCGGAUGACAUCUUUCCCUGCAACCCCUGGCAGCAGCAACAGCAGUAUCAGCAACAGCAGCAACAGCAGCAGCCAGGGUUUACGCUGGGAUCUCUAGGAAUGCGCUUUUGCUGUUGCUUUCUGCCAGGAGGCACGAAGCGGGGAAGAGGCUGCGGCAGCAGCAGCUGCUGGUGCAGCUUCUGCUACUUAGAAAACUGCCCUGUGGGGGUUGAAGAAGUCGACAGCGAUGCUGAAGACAAUGAAGCAACAGCAGCAAUACCAGAAGCAACUGCAGCUGCUGAAGGCAGCACGGCAGAUGGGGUCCCGAGCAGUACUGGUGCUGCAGCAGCAGCUGCUGCAGCAGAAGCAACAAUUGUUGCACCUGCUGCUCAUCAAGAGGAGGACCGGGGCGGAAGCAAAAUUGCGACAGACGGUCAGGGUAGCGAGGAGCCAGGGGAUCAGCGAGAAGAUGCAGCGGCAGAAACAGCCGCAGCUACAACCCCAACAGCAGCUGCUGCAACAGUAACACCAGCUGCUACAGCAGCAGAAGCAGCGACCGAAGCGGCAACAGCAGCGGCAACUGCAGCAACACCAGAAGCAAAUGAAGGAGCGGACGCAGAUGAGGAAUGGGAGCUGGAUAACGCUUUGGAAGACGCUUUAGAAAGUGUUGCUGCGGAUGCCGCUGCUGCUGAAGCAGCAGCAACAGCAGCAGCAGCAACGGCAGCAAAUGAUACUGAAGAUCUUGCGUUUUUUGCCAUGCCCGACUGCCCUGGAACCCCUUCAGCCUCUGCGGCAGCAACAACAGCAGCAGCAACAACAACGCCCAGAACUCCUGCUGUUGCAUCGGAAGCUCAGUCUAUGCAGCGAGAUGGCUGCAGUCAGGCUGGCCGCCGUUCAGCAGCGCAGCAGCAACAACAUCAGCACAGACAUCCAUCAGUGCAGCAAACAACUGGGGAUUUGGAUCAGGAGUUCGAAUUCGAUGAUGUGGAUGUAGACGAUGCCCACGCUGCUGCUGCUGCUGCUGCGGAGCGCCACCCACAACAGCAGCAGCAGCAGCAACUCCACGGAAUGCGGACACAUGCGCUGGGAGUUGCUGGGGAAGGAGGAGGAGGAGCAGCAGCAGGGAUGUCGGGUGCUGCAGGGGUGCCUCGAGUUUCGUCUGGGACGGCAGCCGCUGAGGCGGAGGCUGCGGCUGCAGCAGCAGCAGCAGCAGCAACAGCAGAGAACGCGUUUGUCCAAAGCAUGCUAUGGGGCGAGCUGCCGGGCAGCAGCAGCUUUGUGCUGGCUCAGGGAUUUGCUGCUUUGGCGUGGAAGGAAAGCGACGCAGUAGCAACAGCAGCCGACGAAGCAGCAGCAGAUGAAGCAGCAGAGCACCAAGAGGGAGCGCGCGACUCCGAGCGGCAGCGAGAAAGGGCAGCAGCAGCAGCAGCAGCAGCAGCAGCAGCUGAAGAGGAGGCAGCAACGCGCAGAGAUCUUCUGGCGGAGUUAGAGAGGAACACUGUUGCCGCUCUACAGAACAGGCAUGGCAUGCAGCAGCAGCAGCAGCUAAGUCUUCACUCCAGGGAGACGCAAGUGCUGCUGCAGCGGCAGCAAGGGCUCCGGUUUUUGCUGCUUCUGCUGGCGACGCCUCCUGUCUGUCAUCUGAGCACCUUUGCAAGUGUCUUCCACCCCGGCGCUGCUGCUGCAGAUGCUGCGCAGCUGCAACAGCUGCGUCAAGGAGGGGUCGAUUGGCGCAGGCGGCAUUGCGCCUUGCGGGACGGUGUAAACGAUAGCAGCAGCAGCAGUAGCUGCAGCGGGGGCAGCGAUCGCAACAGUUGCUCAGGCUUGGCUUUUGAAUGGGGCAGUAUAUGGGCAGCAAGACGGCAACAGCAGCGGCUGGUACAGCGGCGGCAGCAGCUGCUGCGCUGCUUUUUCCUAGACCUCAAUGACAGCUCUGCUGCAAUGGCCGUGAGCAUGGAGCUUGGCGCUGAGGAAGGAGAGGAUUUGGCAGGGACGCCUUUAGGGGUGGGCCCGACAGGCGGAGGCAGUGGACUGAAGGCGGGGGGAGGCGGUUCGGGGGGUGUGGGAAGCGAAGCAGCAGCAGCUGCUGCUGCAGCGGCAGAAGCAACGUCUGGCCCUAGCAGGGCGCAGCUGCAGAAGAUGCGGAGGAGGGCCAAACAAGAAGUGCUGAAGAUAGACAAGCAAAGGAGGAUCGAAUUGGUGAAACAAGGAAAAAGCGCUUAUGAACUCAGGGCGCUAGCUGCAGCAGAAGACUUGCGGCGCGAAUACCACAUGCGGAAUCCGCUGCAGGAGUUUCUGCUGACAGCAGCAGAAUUCGGUGGGGGGGCGCAGGGGCAGCUGCUGCGGCAGCUGAACGUCUCCUUUGACAACGACUACGCAAAGAGACAAAUUCACCAGCGGGGGGCUCCGCUGCUGCACGCGAAGACGGCGCUGCAGCUGUACGGAGCGUCUCCGGUGGCUGGCCGUCGGGCGCGCGUUGCGAUGUUUCGAUUUCACCGUCCGGAUUUGCGCAUGUCUUUUGCAAAUUGUUCAAAGAAGAGAUCGACGACUAAUAAUGCUGAGAGACCCUGGGUUGUCCUGCCUCCUUUCAGCAGCGAGGUGUUGCGCCGCAGCGCAGAGUCGGUUGCAUUUGGCGGGUCUUCUGGUUUUGAAGAUUCCUCUUCCUCUUCUGCUCAGCAUCCGAGCGUUUGUUUCCACGACGCGAGUGAUUUAACGCUAAGUGACGACUGCCCUUUUGUCGUCUUUGAACACACGGAACAGCAGCCCUUCAUCAUCAACAACGCAGGCAUGGCCAUUCGAAUCCGCCGAUACGUACGGCCGCUACAGGACCAACACAACGCCAGCAGCAGCAGCGGCAGCAGCAGCAGCAAGCAAGACGCAAUACGCAGAGAGGAAGAAAGACUGCAGGGUUCUUUAGGUACAUUUGGGGGUUUGCGUUUGGUGGAGCAAAACGAGAAGGCGCCGACCAUCUUCGGGGCAGACAUACCUCUUGAACCAGGCAUGUCUGCUUUGCCGCUGCUGCUGCUGCUGCAUUUUUCUGGUGCUCUGGGCGAGGGGCAGGCGGUGGUAGACUGCCCUCUGUUUACUGCUUUGUUGUUCCCUCACCCUCAAAACCCGAUGUCUCCUUUGGGAGGGGAAGGCCGCUUUAACGACCCGCGUCGAGGCGAUUUUCUUCUUAUCCGCCGAAAAACCAAAGAAGGAUGGAAAGUUAGACAGUUGCAGCCAAAGGUUGAGGUGCCUGCCCCGCAGUCAAAGAAGCUGCUGGAUGACCGCAAGCUUCAAUCAAAGGCCUGGGCCUUGAGGUUUGUGCGGGAGACAGGCGUGACGGAGAUGAAGCGGGUGAAAGAGAACAUCAAAGCGCGUUUUUGUCCUCCUGUUGUUGAGAAGGAGGUCGCACAGCUGCUGAAGCAACUGUCUCCAAUAGCGCCUCACCGUCUGCCGCUGCUGCCAGAGGCGUCCCUCAUUUCUAUCAUCUCCCCAGAGACAGUGUGUGGCCUAGAGACGUCACAGGCAGCCUGGCUGCGGCUGCGUGCUGUGGGCAUCAGCACGUUGACAAGCCCUGAGGGGCUCAGCAAUGCAUGCGCCUUCGUGGAGGCGGAGGAGCGCCAGCAGCAGCAAGCUGCUGUUACUGCACGCAGGCGGCUGCGGCAGCUGCAGCAACAGCAACAGCAGCGGCGCGAGGCCCUGGGCCUGCCAAGCGACGGGGCUGCCGCCGCUGCUGCAGCGGAGCAGCAGCAGCUGCAGCAGCUGCUGCUGAUGCUGAGCAGCAGCCGCGCAGGACGCCGCCAUUCCCCUCUCAUUCGUUUUAUUGAGGAGUUGCUGCUUCUUGUGCCUUGGCAGACAACCAAGGAAUGCCGUGAAGUGCUGCAGAACAAAGGCUCUGCUCAGUUCCUCCUAACCGGAUUUGCAGACCCUUCCUGCGGGCGAGGGGAAGGUAUCGCGCUGCUGAAACGGGGCAGCAGAAGCCGCAGCAGCGGCACCAACCCGCUCGUAGUGCAGCAGCCUCUCAGACGUCAUGCAGCGGGAGGCAUUGCGGGGACUGUAGACGAUCUGCGCAAACUCGGAAUGAUGGAACUGAGGGCCAGGCUACUGCAGUAUGGCCUCAGUGAUGCAGUCAUCAGGACGCUCCCUAGGUGGGACCAGGUUGCGUUGGUGAGACAAUAUCGCGACGGGUUUGGGGCUGAGGAUGGCAGCAGCAAAGGGAGGGGUGCCGGGGUUCGUUUGCCUACAGAGGAGUACGAAGCGAAGCUCUGCAGCAUUUUGAAGCGACAGCAGGCUGCCUUGAGAGCUGAUGAGCCCGUUGUUACCGACACAGACGAUGAUUUGCCGCCGUCCACCCCGCAGCAGCAGCAGCAACUUGGCGCAGACGCAGCUGCUGCAGCGGGAGUUGCUGCUGCUGCGACAACCGCUGGGCAGCAGCAGCAAAGUGGAGCAGGAGAAGAUGUUGCCGACGCCCUUUUCGCUGGGUGCGAGGAUUCAGACCACGAGCAGGCAGAUGAGACCGAGUUGGAGAUGAGGGAGCUGCAGGUCCUCAGAGACCGCCAGGAAGCGCGCAGCCAGCGCCCCUUGACCCAGGAGGAACAGCUUAGGGCAGAAGCAACUGUACGAGCUGUGCCAUGUCUGCGGUGGACGCGGAAGAGGCGGCAACAAGUUGGUGAUUCAUUUACUGCUGAGCGGUGCAUUUUGAUUUACGGGGCAGAAAAUAUAAGAGCGUUUUUGGCGUGGAGAGACAAACGGCUGGCUAAAAAACGACAGCGACAAAUGAGCGCCGUGCACUCGAAGGAGGCGCUGGCAGGCAAACGCAUUUGCCGCGCCUGUGGAAGGGCCGGUCAUAUCGCUUCAAACGUCAACUGUCCACUCUACCGGGGACCGAAACGCCUAGGGUCAGCAGUGGGGGAGGCGGCGACGAAGCGGAAGCGGCGGCGUACGGGCGGGAGCGACGUGGAGUUGGGUUUAACAGCAGAAACUAAUUUGCAAGGAGAGGGAGCGGGCUCUCUAUGCAGCAGCAGCACACGCAGGAGGCGCGGCCGCGGGGGGGCUGCUGCACUGCUCAGCGGCAGCAGCGAAGACGAGAGGGAGGAUGGCUUUGCUGCUGCUACUGAAGCAGCAGUAGACGUGUGGGGCGGCGAUGAAGCGCAAGAUGAUAGCGAUGAGGUCUCGUCAGAACUAGAGGAUGAUGAUGAUGAAGAUGAAGGCGUUGGGAAAUCAAGAUCUAGCAAGGCUGCCAGACAGAGAAAAAGAGGCAGAGGGCAUAGUACAGUUACAGACAGGGACGCCGCCCACAUGCAGCAGCCCAUCGAUGCCUUAAACGUCUCCUUCGCACGAGUUGUCAAUCUGCUGCUGCAACAGCAAACCUUCAAGGGGUCUUUGUUGGUUUCGUUUUUGCGUUCGGCGGAUGCUUUUCGAUGCGGUCUUGCUGCUUCCGGAUUGGGUUUGUCCUUUUUCCUUUGUGUACCUUUUGUGAAUCGGGUGGACGACCGGGUGGCGCCAGGUUAUUCUGUGGUAGUGCAGCAUCCGAUGUUUUUGCGCAAAGUUCUGUCCAAGUGUCGGGAGCGCCAGUACACCUCAGUAGCUGCAUUUAAAGACGAUAUAAACCUCAUCGUAUCCAACUGUCUCCUUUUCAACCCCGUAGGCUCCCCCUCCGCGUGGCUCAGAGACAGGGCUGUCCAGCUGCAGCAGCUGGCGAUGCAGCGGCUAGCUGAGCAGCCCCAAAUUGCAGAGUAUGAGGCGGCACUGCAGCAGAACGCCAUCCACCUGCAGCAGCAACAGCAUUAUCGUUCAUACGGUUACGAGGACGACUGA